AGUAAAAAUAACCACAACUUGAUAAAAAGAGUCAGAGGUGAGAAAAAUAAAAGUUAUCAAUCAAGUUAAACUUUUCCACUUGGAAACAGUUCUUCAAAGCAAGAUGACUUCCGAAAAUUUGAUUAAAUACACCCAGUUAUUUAUAAACAACGAGUUCGUCGACUCUGUAAACAAAAAGACAUUCCCGACUUUGAACCCGGCAAGUGGCCAAAAAAUCGCUGAUGUGGCCGAAGCAGAAAAGGAAGACGUCAACAAGGCAGUAGACGCCGCAAAAGCCGCCUUUUCGCGAAAUUCGGAAUGGAGAAAACUGGACGCGUCCGCCAGGGGUCGACUCAUCAACAAACUUGCUGAUUUGCUUGAAAGGGACAUCACCCAGCUCGCGAAAUUGGAAACUUUGGAUAAUGGGAAACCCGUUGGUGACUCGGAGUUUGAUAUCCAGUGCAGUAUCGACACCUUGCGGUACUACGCCGGGUACAGCGACAAAAUCCACGGGAACACAAUCCCAGCUGAUGGCGACUGCAUUUCUUUGACGCGGAAGGAACCAGUGGGUGUGGUCGGUCAAAUCAUACCAUGGAACUACCCCAUCAUGAUGCUAGCAUGGAAGUGGGGUCCCGCUCUGGCCGCUGGUUGUACCAUGGUACUAAAACCAGCCGAGCAAACCCCUUUGACCGCUCUAGCAGUGGCCGCACUUGCUCGAGAAGCCGGGUUUCCCAAAGGGGUCAUCAAUGUGGUACCGGGAUUUGGACCAACAGCUGGGGUCCCUCUUGCACUACACAACGACGUUAACAAAAUAGCGUUCACUGGAUCCACUGAAGUUGGAAAACAAAUUAUGGCCUACUCAGGACAAUCCAAUCUCAAGAGGGUGAGCCUGGAACUCGGCGGGAAAAGCCCUUUGGUGAUUUUCAACGACGCUAAUUUGGAUGAAGCUGUAGAAAUCGCCCACGGUGCCAUUUUUAAUAAUCACGGUCAGAAUUGUUGUGCUGGCUCUAGGACUUUCGUACAAUCAGGGAUAUAUGACGCUUUUGUAAAAAAAGCGGUCGAAAAAGCCACUAAUCGAAAAGUUGGGGAUCCGUUUGGGGAUGGGGUGCAACAAGGACCUCAGAUUGAUAAAGCGUCUCUGGAUAAAAUUUUGCGCUUGGUGGAGUCUGGAAAACGAGAGGGGGCUAAAUUGGAAACUGGGGGCGCCCAAAUUGGAAAUAAUGGUUACUUUGUCCAACCAACUGUUUUUUCAAAUGUCACUGAUGACAUGACCAUUGCUAAAGAGGAGAUUUUCGGACCCGUGCAAUGUAUUUUGAAAUUUGAAACCCUAGGGGAAGUGAUUGAAAGGGCUAACAACACCCAGUAUGGACUGGCGUCUGGAAUUAUAACCAAAGAUAUUAAUACAGCCCUGGUUUUUGCCCAGUCAGUUCAAGCAGGCUCUGUCUGGGUCAACUGUUACGACUACAUCACCCCCCAAACCCCCUUUGGUGGCUACAAAAUGUCCGGAAUUGGUCGCGAAAUGGGCGCCGAGUCUCUAGAGGGCUACUUGGAAACCAAAACCAUCUCAAUUAAAAUGCCAGGAAAACUGUAAACCUGUAUCUCAACCCUGAAUAAAUUGUCUACCUUGAAA